UCUGCCUGCAACAUCUUGUACAUGUAUGUCCGCAUUGACCGAAAGAUCAAAGCCGGUUUUGCAAGAAAAAAGGAGUUUGACACGUGUUUGAAAAUGGCUGUAGAUUUUAAGAAAUGUUGGUUCCGCCUUUCAUUCCUUUCAAAUACUGGCACACCAGAGUCUAAUGAAAAGAUCUGUGUCGUCGGAGUCUUUGGAAAGAGCCAGAGGGCAAAAGGACUGAUGCUAAAUGGCAUCACCACGACAAACAGUUUCCAGAAUCCUGAUUUCGGCCCUCAGAAGACAGAGGUUGAUAGUUGCAACAUUGAGUGCUUUUAUGAUGCCGAUUCUAGGGUGCUCUACCUUCACCUUCUGUCUAUCCAUGACACAGUGAUACUCUCACGCAUCUGUCAACAAAUGCAGCAGAACCUUUCACAUGCAGAUUGCCAUGCGUUUUGGAAGGACCACGCGACGAGCCAUGCCAGGGCUCUGCUGUUCAUGUUCACUGUGUGUCAUCUCAUGGUGGUCGUCCACCCCAAGAACACUUUUGAUACCAGCUACAUCCAGCUGUUCAGAGCUCUUCAGAACUUGAGGGAGAAGUUGAUUCCUUCCAUCUCCAGCCUCCUAAAGGAAGCAUCCGUAGGGAAGGAGUGCCAGACCUACGGCCGACUCUGUACACCAAGGCUGCUGUUUGUCUGCCAACAGACUGAUAUGACAGAAGAAGAGCUGAACUCAACAGCAUCUGUGUCUAAUGCAAAAUCCAAGUACAAACGAUGGUCUGCCCGCAAGCUUUUGCAACAUUCAUUGGAGGAUCAGAUCUACAGAAUCCUACGCAAGAGCCGCAUCUUGACUAAUAAUUUAUCUCAUUGCUUAUUUACCGUACCUGGAAACCAGGCCUAUGUGUAUUUCUUGGAUCAGCAGUGUCUGGCCACAGACCCAGUUGCAUUGAUGAUAUCGGAACUCAACAAGAAUUUUCAGCCAUUCAAGAGAGGUGACACCAAAUCCCAGCCUACAACAUGCCCUUCUCCGCCAGUACCCUCGGAACAGUUCCAGAUAUUCACGGACACAGUACCGUCUGUGGAGGAUACGAAACAGCCGGAUGACCUUAGGUCAUUUCUUUGGGAACAUGUCCAGCUGGUGCUUGAUGGAAAGGGAUUUGAUGAUGGCAUUGGACGAGGGGGAGUACCACAUUUUGAGGCUCUUGGCUUCAGCAAGUGGAAGUCCGUGUCUGACCGUCUCUACGAGUUCUUCAUGACUGACUUGUCUGAGCCGAAGAUCGCCAGCCAUUUCAAUGCCAUGACCUCGGCCCUCGACCUGGACAUGCGGUUCUCCGAAGCGCGAUGUAAUAAAGUCUUGCCCAUAGCAACCAGGACAUACCAAGAUGGGGCCCCAUCACAUUACACAAGCACUGUCCAUGCUAGCAGGCUAACCCAAGCCAUGAAGGUGUUCUCCCAGCAUGCCCGGGGGCCGGCCUUUGAGAAGUACGCCAACCAGCUACAGGCAGAGUGCCAGCUGUUUUGGCAGGGUGGACGCCAGCUCUGCGAGGUGGUCAGUCUGACUGGCCAUCACUGCAUCCACAAGGCACAUCUUUUGCUGGACAGCCCAACUGACCCUGAAACAGAGGCUGUGAUUCCCAGAAUGCCCCACACCAACAACAACCGCACCCCCUGUGCCUGUAACUGUGGGCGAACUAUCGGGCAGAGGGAUGAUCCAUUCACGCUGAAGCUUGCCAAUUAUGACUUCUUCCAAGAGCUGGAGGACCGCUGCUGCAGCAAGCACAAACACCACACAUUCCGGCUGUAUGAGCCUAAGCGACGGGAUUCCAAGGUGCUGCCGGCAUUGGCUGGCCAGGACCAGGCAAAGGGUGCUGGGAAGGAGAGUGGAAAGGAGGAUGGCCUGGGCAAAAUGGCCACCGAAAAGCUGAAGAGCGAUAACACGGCAAGUAUUCCUAAUACCUUCAGCCCUGCUCUUAGCCUUGGCCAAUCUGGGGCCAGCGAUCUGCUGUCCCAUGAUGCCCACAGUGGGUUGCCCGGCAACAGUGCAGCCAGCCUGCUGAGCAUGGGCGAUGGAGUGCAUGACACCAUCAGAGAGAAGCCUGUGUACUACCGUGAGUCCUCGACAGCCGAUUACCUGCAGGGAAUGAUGUGUUCCACGUCCCCCCACGGCCUGCUACCACUGUUCUCCUCCUGGUCCCUGCUGUGCUUGGGCAAGGCUUCAUUGUACAACCCAAGCAAAGGACUGGAGCAGCAGCCUGGUUUCCUGCGGGACUGUAAUUUUCUGGUUCCCUGGGACAUUCCCAUUCCCAAGGGAAGCGCCCUGGAUCCUUCUUGGCCGGUGCUGAGUGACUCGGCUGGAGCGAGUAGCCGGAAAGGUGGGAAACACCGGGACAAGAGAGGGGCCAAAGACUCCAACACUGACCCCAGCAUCCGGGCCUACAUCGGCAAUGAGUACGAAUGCCCACGGGGCCAUCGCUUCAUCUGCUCUGGCCCAGACAAGAUCGUUAAAGCGACCGGCAGCGGGAUCGUCAAGGACACGGGGACGAAAUUGGUGACAUCAGAUAUGCCACUGUACUUUCCCUGCCCAUGCCGGACUACCAAGCCUCCCCUGGGUCAGUUGAUGAGGGCCUUCAUUGUCACCCCUGAUGUACCCCUCUACAUCAAGCUGAACCCCCGUCUCAGGCCUGACCAGCACCCCUGCCCUAUCUUUCACCCAGAGGUCAGCGAAGAUGGAAUCAUACUCACCGGCAAUAGCUUUUGGGUCCUGCGCUUUCCUUAUGUCUAUGUUGAUGAAAAUGGACCUGUCCGCACCCCAACAGACAACCAACCCCUCCCGUCUGCCAAGCUGCUGAGGGGCAUGUACCUGACCACGUUGGAGAAACCUCCAGACAGCUGAAACUAUCCCCUGUGAGCCCCACACACCUUCUCCUUCCAUUGCUGAAAAAAACCCGAUGAUACUGAGAUGUCAUUCCCUGUGACGUCAGUUGCUUCCCAGCGGCGUGUCCUGAUCCGGUAAGGUGACCACAAUGCGCUAGUCAUUGCAGUGAAGCUUCAAUGAAUACCUGCCAGAGUUUGGAAAAUAUCACAAAAUUAAACUCACUUGUUGAACAACUCCAUCUGGGGAUUUUAUUUUUGUUUAGUUUUUUGUGGGCGUGUGCAGUAGAAUACUGCUGCCGAUGUUGCACUAGUUAACCAAAAUGGCAAUGUGACCUCUGUUUGUUGAAUCAAGGCAGCAUUUUGAAGGGGUCAUAGCUGUCAAGAACAACGAAAGGUACUACAGGCCAUUGAUGUUCAUAAUGAACAAGAUUGAACUCCAAUAUGGGCGGUGAUGAAUCUUCUCAUCCAAAGAAGUCCGCAACUGCUUCAGAGCUGCCUGCUUCCCUCUGAGCAACAAGCAGAUCAUUGGCUUACAGAUGUAAACAAACACAGAAUCGUCGUCUGAUGUUGAAUCUUCCCAUCAGCAAAGGUUCAGAAACUGUCCACCACAGGAUGAAUGUAUUUAGCAGAAACAGGCACAUGUAUACUUUACUCAGAAGUUCCAAUAUGCCAGUACCUGGCACCGCUAAACUACCGUUCUUGUUCACCACGUGUUUCAAACUGAAAACGAGCAUGUUGUGUGGCGUUUCUCAACUGCUGUCUUCACAAGUUGAUUGAAAGCCCUCAAAAUUGCCUUUCUUGUCCUAGUGGGAAUAGUUGCCUCAUAGACGUAGUUUUGUUGAAAUAAGCAAUGACGAAAGUGUUUCAACGCAACAGCAACUCCAAGUUUGUAUCCGCCUCGAGCAUAAGCACCCCCCUCAUUGGUUGAAAAAAGCCGUGUUGGUCUGGAGUAUUGAUUUUGUUGGUGGUGAUGCCACUGCAACAUCUGUGAUUCCUAUUUGUUUAACCAGCGAUGCGCAAGGUAGUACCAAAGGAGCCUUCAUUGCUAAGGAAAUUGUGCUCUCUCUUGGUUCAGCUCAAGAUGUAGGAAGGUCUACAUGUAAAUCCAAAAUGACAGGCUUCUUAACAGGGCUGUCACAGCCAAACAGUGGGCCUCAUCCCAACCAACAGACACAACUUCGAAGCUUGAUGCCCAAUCCUUUGGAUUCAUGUGCUUAAAACACUGUGGCACAAGGUUUCAUCAUCCAGCUGUGAACCAAUCAGCAUUCGGAAUUCUUCUCCAGUGUUGUGGCUACAUUUCAACAGCUACUAUUUAUGACAUACACACGAUCAUAAUCUACAACAAAUUUGGCCAUCUCCAGAGGAUAAGGAAACUACCUUUGCCCAAGAUUGUGUGAUCGGGAGAGAUUUUGAUAUUGUGUUGUUUGUGUAAUGUAAUCCUCAAUUUCUCUGACAAUCUAGUUGGCAGUAUGUGAGAAGACUAAAAAUUGGUGACAAAUAUUAAAAGUCACAUUAAUUUGCUUCAAGUACAUGUACUUUAAUAACCACAUUACGCUAUAAUCAUUGUUGCUAAGCAAUACAUGAAAUCAGGGUAAAUGUGGCAUUGAGCUCUUACUGUGACAUGUGGUGAACAUAGUGUAUCCUUGGUAAGAUUUGAAGUUGAGGCCAUGUUGGAUGACAGUCCAGUCAUAGCCACUGACCAAUAGAUGGCCGACUUUGCUGACAGUGAAAUAUGCACUCUUUUAUAGUACCUUGCAGACGUGUAGUUUACCAAAGUGAAAUCUGUGAAAGCCCAGGAGUGCCGUCAAGUAUAUAUUUUCAAAAAGUGAGGUAUAUUUUUUUCCAAGUUCGUUGUUAUGAAGUGUAUUUUUUCCAAGUUCGUUUUUAUGAAGAACAUUUUUUUUUCAACUUCCUUUUUACAUAUAUUUUUCCGAACCUUGUUUAUUCAAGAUAUAUAUUCUCCAGUUCAUUCCGGUAGGUUUGAAACAAAUCAUGUCUACAAGAUAUAUUUUUCCAAUUUCAUUUGUAGGAAAUAUUUUUAAAUUCGUUUUUAUGAAUUAUAUUUUUUUGAAAUUUUUUUUUGUUAGAAAUAAACCCAAACCUGAAAAUGUAUAUCUUCUUGAAUUUAAAAGUAAACAUAUCUCAUAAAAAUUAUUAGUUACCAGAAAUGGAACAAUGGUUCUAGAUAUAGAUCUCAUUAGAACGAACUAGAGAAUGUUGGAAACAAACUGUGGGAAAUUUAUCUUGUAAAAACAAAGUUAGAAAAAAUAUAUCUCUCGAAAUGAACUUCCAAAAAUAUCCUUCACUUUUUGAACAUACAUACUUAAUGGCACUACAGGACUUUUGUAGAAAUCAAUCUUGAGCUCUAAUAUGUUCUUGUUACUGCAUGUGGAUCCCUGUAGAGGUGUAGGAGGGGGGAUAAUAGGGACCACGACCCCUCUCCAAUGAAAAAGAGUUCAAUUUUUGGGGGGGAAUAAUAAAAGAAAGUCAUUUUUGGUCCACUGCAUUUCUCUGUGUAAAAAGCCCCCAGAUGUAGCUUCACCUCUGCAAACUUUUUGCCCCUCAUCAGAAAGAACAAGUUUGCUCCUUCCCUGAGGAUUUCAAAACUCAUAAAUUCAGGUUUGCCGACCUGGACUUUAAAGUGUGCUCUGGAGAUAUAGGUUAAUGGCCAUCUCCAUAUGUCAGAAUCCAUACUUGCCACUGUUGGUGUUGAAGGUGCUUCAUCAUCCCCGCAUCAUUGGGCCAUCCCCAGAAACAUUUUGAUGCAAACAUCUAAUUCAGAUAUAUUCACCAUCUCUGCUGCACGGUCAAACCCAUAGAGGACCUUACAGUUGCUGCAAAUCAUUGUAUACGUGCAAAGCUAGCCACUCGUACAAAGUUGAAAAGAGAUAGCAUCAUGAAUUCAAGUGAUCGUUAUAACCACUUAACACUUUAAUCAAGUGAUCAUGGAGUAUUCAGUGAUGGUUAUUUUUUUCUGUCAGAGAAAGGAAAUAAAACAGCUUGUGGAAGCAUAAAACUGACAA